AUGUCCGGUAGCUACUGGCCAUCAACUCAAAGAAGAAAAUGGCAAUUCACCAAGGAGUCCCUUGCCAAGGAGAGACAAAAAUUGUGGGUAAUGGAAUGUCAAUUGUUUCCUCAAGGACUUAAUAUUGUAAUGGAUUCCAAACAAAAUGGUACUAGUCGUGUUACGACCAAAAAUAUUCCCAUUACUCAUAAGGAUCUACACUACGAUAAGGAUUACAACCUCCGAAUAUACUGCUAUUUUUUAAUAAUGAAGUUAGGGAGGAGGUUAAACAUUAGACAAUGUGCACUUGCUACUGCCCAUGUAUAUCUAUCGCGAUUUCUGCUACGAGUUUCUGUUAGAGAGGUAAAUCUCUACCUUUUGGUAACCACAUGUGUGUAUUUGGCAUGCAAAGUAGAAGAGUGUCCUCAGUACAUUAGAACCCUUGUUAGUGAAUCAAGGUCUCUUUGGCCUGAAUUUGUACCGCCAGAUCCGACUAAGGUCACAGAAUUUGAAUUUUACCUACUUGAAGAACUGCAGAGUUAUUUGGUAGUUUAUCAUCCUUAUAGUACUAUGGAACAAAUUGUCAAUGUACUGGAACAACCGCCUUUCCAUAUGCAACUGUCUUCGGAAGAUUUACAAAAUUGUUGGUCUUUAAUCAAUGACAGCUAUAUCAAUGAUGCACAUCUAACAUAUCCUCCUCAUAUUAUAGCCAUUUCCUGUCUUUUCAUAACGAUUUCAAUGAAAGCAGGUGCCGCUAAGAAUGCCAUACAGAAUUCUCAAACUAAUAUGCAGGCCAUGAGUGAGACCGAAGCUAGUCUGGCACAAGCUCUCAAGCAUCAAGAAAUUUUCAACCGAUUUCUCGCAGAGUCACAAGUGGAUUUAGAGGAAGUCACAGAUACUAUUCAAGAAUUGAUUUCACUUUACGAUCAUUGGGAUAAAUAUCACGAACCGUGGAUUAAAUUCCUAUUACACACUUUAUAUUUAAGAUCACCAAAUUCAACCGCUAGGUCAUCAUGA